UAAAAGGGGGUGGCCACUUCUAGGUGGGACACACUGUACAUUAAAAUAUUAUCAGCAUGUAAUAAACUAAUGUAUUAAUCAAAUAAUUGGGAAUAUUUCAGGCAACUCGAUUUAACGCGAAGAUAUUAUAGUAUAAAACUUUUUCAAUGUUGGAUUAGACAUUAUCUUGAAAGAAAAGUAAAGAAAUUUAAAGAGAAUCUCAAUCAUCUUACGGAAGAAGAAGUGCUUACAGUUAUUUUGCAGUUGUGUCAACCGGAGAAAUAUAUAUCAUAUUUACGUAUAGAUAAAUUUAUUGACAACAUCGUACAAGAAGUAUUAAAGGGUCUAAGAGAGGAAUAUCCCAGUCACAAAAUAUUCUUGAUAUCACCGGAGCAAUUGGCUAUUUGGAGAUAUAAUAAUAUUGAAGAAAAUUAUUGGGAUGAAAGUCAAGCAAAACAAAUUAAAGGCAUAUUAGACAAAAUUAUUUUAAAUUUUGAUUCCUAUAACUUAAAUUAUCCGUGGAAAUCAGAUGAAAUUAGAGAAGGUUAUUUGUGGCAGUUACAAAAUAGAAAAAACUUAUGGCUAACAAUAUAUUGUUGCAUGGCAAGAAGAUUGGGCAUAUAUAUUGAACUAUCAAUGCAUUAUGAAUGUCAAUAUGAUUCAAUUCAUAUAGCUUGGAAAUCGAAAAAUCAUAAAGAAUAUAAAGAAUAUUUUUACAUUGAUUGGAAGUAUAAAUCUAAUCUGGCGAUUUCUGUCAUGAAUAAAUGUGACUUAAUGCCCAAUCCAAAGAAGAUAUCUUUAAGUGAACUAAUGGUAGCACUAGAAAAAGAUUUCGAAGAUGAUAUACCGACACAACUUAGUUUCCUCCGUCUUACAUACGAAUAUAUAAAUAGUGAUGUGCGGAAAUGUACUCCUUUUGCUGAAAAACAUUGGAAGCAAAGAUCAAAUAAUUUAAAAUUCGCUGUUGGAAUGGUCGUUAUACAUAGACAUCGCGGAAGAGAAAAUCAAACUGGUGUCAUAAUUGGAUGGCAUACCAAAUUUCAACCUCACUGGUUUUCUUUUUGUUCUUGUUCCUCUCAUUUUGAACGUAACAUGCGGAACCAUUUACAACCAUAUUACAUAAUCUUAAUGGAUGAUAACAUCAUGUGUUACGUACCACAAUGCUUUAUAACAUCAAUAUGUAUGGCUCGGUGGAUUUAUAAUACAGAAAUUGGACGCUAUUUUCGAAAAAUUAAAGAUACGCAUUAUGUUGCAAAUGAAAUGUCAGCAAGAAGGUAUCCAAGAGACGCAGCUGUUAUUCGCAGAAAUAUUCAUGAUCAAGUUCAUAUGUAACAUUGUAACAUCGUUAUAUGUAAAACAACA